CCUAAUUUCAAUAAAUUUGUUCGAUUUCGAAACAAAAUCUUUCCCAUUUUCUACUCCUCUAAAUGAAACGUGGCAACCCCGGAACAGCUGAUUCGUAUCCACUGGUCGACGUCCACAGAAAUAAGAAUUUCGAUCACAGAAUUCACGCAUUUAAGCGUCAUUUCUUUUGAAAUUCCCAAUUCUGAAACGUUAGAUAGUCUUGUGUGAAUAUUGAGCCCAAAUUUGAAUAAAAAGCGAAAAGACCAUGUGGAAAUAUUCGGAAGCGCACUUGCUUUGCAAUAAGUUCGAAUUCGGGGUACCCUUAGAAGAUUUAUGCCCAUCAAAUUAUCUGCAUCCAAAGAUCAAGAUGAUGUACCAUCAAGCACUCGAAUCUUUCAAGAACAGUAAUACAACUUUAGAAAUAUUAUUAUCCAGUGAAAAUGGUAGCCCACAAGAAAGAAUUGACAUGAAGGAGAAUCUGUUGAAUUUCAAGCAUACAUUAUUGGAUGGUUCUCCUCAGUCUUAUAUAUGGUUGAUUGAACAUUUUCUUGGACUCUUGCCUAUACCACUAUUAGCAACUUACAUAAAUGGUUACAACUUUAACUGGUUUUACUUAUCAGAGGAAUGCAGAGGAAUAUUUUAUGACAGAAGUUACAGAAGGAAAGUUAUUAAUUUUGAUUACUGUGAUCGUCAUUUACAUAAUGAAAUUGCCAAAUUACCACCCCAACAUAAGCUUUUAUUGAAUGAACAUAUUGAAUUUAUGAGAAGUAUUUCAUUUAUAGAUGAACGAAGAAGAAAAAGAAGUGUCAUUUACUACUGUAAAUAUUUCACAUCAUCUCUUUUGAUACGACCUUUCAGAUCUGGUUUGAAUGAUAAUUCAGAAAAAGAUUAUCACUCCCUCAUCAUAUAUUUAGUGCUCCGAUGGCCAUUUAUAAGUAAAAUACUUGUGGAAUCUUCACUCACAACCAUAAGCGAAAUUUCACAAACAUUAUCUUCAGAAAAAACAUUAAUAACAAAUCAGGAUAAAAAGAAGCUUAAAAUGAGGAGAACAUUAUGCACUUCUCAAAGAUCAUUAUAUUCAACAGGCUCAAGAAAGAAACAAACUUCUUCCUCGGUUAGUAGUAUCCUUUUAGACAGCGUUUUAGAGAUUUCUGAAGAAGCUUCUUCAAUCUCAAAGUCUAGCAUUAUUAGACCAAUGAAUAAUGGGAACACAACAGAUGAAGAUAAAGGGAAAAAAGAUCCAAUAACUGAAACGACAGAAGUUGAAGUGAUUAGAACUGAAAUGCCAAAAAACAGAUAUUUGAAGAAUAAUGAGUCAAGAAUUUUGAAAGAAACUACUGACGAGAAACAACCAGCUGUUGAAUGCUCUGUAGAAGAAAAACAUAAAGAAAACAAAUUAGUUUCAGAAGGAGAUCCUUUGAACAGUGCAAUUGCCUCUGAGCAGGUUGUAAAAGAAAUCCUACCUGAAAAAGAUGAUUCAGAAUUGAAAUUGAAUAGAGAUUCCCCGUCAAAAGCAGAAUUCACAGAAAACAUCACGAUAAAUUCCAAAAUCUUGAACAGAAUCUCUAAAGUGGGCUGGACUUAUACACCACCAAAAAACACAGAAAACCAGCCAAAUGACCAUCUCCUAACCAUUAACAGCAUAUCUGAUGACGAGUCCACAAACCAGGAUCUGAUUAAGGAUUCUCAAAGUGAAUCUACACUGAAGAAAUAUCCUAGCGUUAAGACUUUGAAAUCUAGAUUGUCUUUUUUGAGAAUCGGCAAGAAGAAAAGUAGUAAUAAGCUGGUUAAGACAAAUUUUAAAUACACUAAAAUAAAUUGCUGAAUCUUUAACGUAAAAAGUUGUUUGUGAAGUUAAUUUUCCAACAUUUUCAGAGUAAUAGCUUUUCAAGCAAG